AUGCUCGCAAAUUCCACCAUCAAACGUCUCCCCUUGCGAAGAUUGGCUGCUGGUGCCGUAGCUGUACGAGCUCCCGCCCAAGCAAUCCUCCGUCCUUCCUCUGUCGUCCCUUUGCAAUCCUCCAGAUUCCCGAGAUUCGCAUCCGCCAUGUCUGCUCCCUUCUCCACCACCACUUCCGUGAAGUCUGGUGCUCCAUCCGCCACUGCAGCUGUCGAGUAUGACCCCGAGGUCUCUGAUAUUGCCAGCUACGUUCACAACUUCAAGAUCGACUCCGAACUCGCCUUGGACACCUCGCGCUACAUCCUGCUCGACACGAUUGGCUGUGGGCUCGAAGCCCUGCGAUUCCCUCAAUGCAGUGCUCUCCUCGGUCCCUUGGUCCCCGGUACCACCGUUCCCAAUGGUACACGAGUUCCUGGAACUCCAUUCCAGCUUGACCCUGUAAACGGCGCUUUCAACAUUGGUGCUAUGAUUCGAUGGCUCGACUAUAAUGAUUGUUGGUUGGCUGCUGAGUGGGGUCAUCCCUCUGAUAACCUGGGUGCUAUUCUCGGCGUAGCAGACUGGAUUGCACGAACAAACAAGGCUGGAGGAAAUGUUGCUGGAGGGAAAAUCCCCACCAUCAGAGACGUUCUCGAGGCAACAAUCAAGGCACAUGAAAUUCAAGGCUGUUUGGCUCUCGAGAACUCCUUCAACAGAGUCGGUUUGGACCACGUUCUUUUGGUCAAGGUCGCUUCCGCCGCAGUCGUCAGCAAAAUGCUAGGUCUCACUGAGGAACAAACAAAAGCUGCCGUGUCUCAAGCUUUCGUCGAUGGCCAAAGCUUACGUACCUACCGACAUAGCCCCAACACUAUGUCCCGAAAGUCCUGGGCCGCUGGUGAUGCAUGCCAAAGAGCUGUGAACCUAGCCUUCAAGGUUCAACAGGGUCAAUCCGGUGUCCCAACGGUUCUCUCUGCCCCCGUUUGGGGUUUCUAUGAUGUACUCUUCAAGGGCAAGAAAUUUGAAUUCCAGCGUCCUUAUGGAAGCUACGUCAUGGAGAAUGUCCUGUUUAAGGUUUCCUACCCUGCCGAGUUCCACUCUCAAACCGCCGUUGAGGCCGCUCAGAAGAUUUACAAGAUCCUUGCUGAUAUGGGCAAGUCUGCUGCGGAUAUUAAGGAGGUUACUAACCGCACCCACGAGGCCUGCAUCCGAAUUAUCGACAAGCAAUUUAAGCCUAUGGAUAACUUUGCCGACCGUGAUCACUGCGUUCAGUAUAUGGUUGCAACCAUGUUAGCAUUCAACCGCCUGGAAGCUACCGACUACCUUGAUAGUAGUGAAGCAGCUUCUUCGCCCCUAGUCGAGAGCCUGCGCAAGACCAUCAAAUGUGUGGAGGAUCCUCAAUUUACCAAGGACUAUCAUGAUCCAGCUCUAAGAACCAUCUCUAAUGCAUUGACUGUUACCUUGAAGGACGGCACCGUUCUUGAUGAAGUCGUUGUCGAGGCACCCCUUGGCCAUAGACUGCGACGAGAUGAGGCUAAGCCAGAAAUUCUGGCCAAGUACAAGAGACAUUUGGGCCACCACUUUGAUGAUGCCAAGAUCCAGCAGCUCCUGGCUCUCGGCACUGAUGCUUCUAAGCUUGAUUCCAUGGAUGUUGACAGCUACCUCGAUCUAUACGCCAAGGAGAAGAUGGAAUGGUAA